AUGAGCUAUCAGCAAUCCCAGCCCCAGCUGGGGGCCACCUUCGUGCCGGGUGGCUAUGACGAUUUUUACAUGCCCGCGCCAGAUCCAGAGCUUAUUUCUCCGGCACCGCAGCGGGUUAUGCCAGAGGUGCCCGAGAACAUGCAGGAAAACAUCGCUCACUUGGAAUUAGAAGCCAACGGUCCGCGAAACCCGCCCAUGUCGCCGCCGGCCCAGGGCUACAACCACUCGCAGUCGCAGUCCCACUUCCCUCCGCGCGGCUCCAGCUACCACAGCAACGACCAAGCUGCCCACGGCGGCCAGGGGCAGUGGCCUUCGCGACAGGCGAGCAUUUCGGCAUCCUUUAACCAGCCACCCGCCGUGCAGCCGCAAGCCAUGCAGCAGCAGCAGCCCUCGCACGACUACCACAGCUUUGCCCAGCCGGGUGAGGUGCCCAACUUCUCCAUCUUCCCCAAGCUCCCGAACCGACCGCCAAACGUUCCGCCCUCUGACGAUGAGAAAGAAGCGGUCUUGGAAAAUGCCCGCCUGCCGGUGCUCAACUCGAACGACCCGGAGAUGCAGCUGGCGUGGGCCCAGGACGCCCUGCAGUACGUCGACAUGGCGCAGCUAAACGAGCAACGCAUCGCCGAGCUGCAAGGCGCCCGUCCUGCCACACCCGCGGUCGAGCACCAGCUGCGCGUCGAUGCGAUGAAUGUCACCGGGUUUUUGGCGGACCAGUUCCACCCCAAGGCCGACUUUAUGCGGGGCAUGUGGCUGGAGUUUGGGAAAUUCGGCCUGCGCGUCGACAAAAAGGAGGCCUUUCGGAGCUACACUCGUGCAGCGCAGAAGGGAUACGCCAGGGCAGAGUACCGCAUGGGCAUGCAGUUCGAGCAAUCGAACGACCCCAUCAAGGCUCUCCAGCACUACAAACAGGGUUCGGAAGCUGGAGAUUCGGCGUCCAACUAUCGCCUGGGCAUGAUGACCCUCCUAGGCCAGCACGGGCAACAACAAGACUAUGCUCGUGGCAUUCAACUGAUCAAGCAGGCCGCGGCCACGGCUGACGAGAAUGCUCCUCAGGGUGCGUACGUGCUAGGCAUGCUCCAGGCGCGAGAACUUCCCCAAAUCAGCGUCCCGGAGAUGUUUCUGCCGUACGAUGAAAAGGCUGCCAGACAGCACAUCGAAAAAGCUGCCUACUUAGGAUUUGCCAAAGCCCAGCUUAAGAUGGGAUCCGCCUACGAGUUAUGCAGUCUGGGUUGUGAAUUCAAUCCCACGCUGUCCCUGCAUUAUAACGCGCUAGCAUCACGACAAGGCGAAGCUGAGGCUGACAUGGCAAUCAGCAAGUGGUUCUUGUGCGGGUAUGAGGGAGAGUUCCCGAAGAACGAGGAGCUUGCAUUCACGUAUGCUCAGCGUGCUGCCGCCACUGGCUUGGCCACCGCAGAAUUUGCUAUGGGCUAUUUCCACGAGAUUGGUAUGCACGUCCCUGUUAACAUUGAUAAAGCCUUGGAAUGGUACGAAAAAGCUGCUCGCAACGGUAACAACGACGCGGAGGAACGCAUCAACAGUAUAUCAACCAUGCACCGAACGCUAUCGAAGAAGGAUCACGAGAAGGUAGCAAUCAACGCUAUCAAAUCAAAGCAUGGCUCCAUGAAAGGGCAGCGCCCAGCUAGACUACAAAAAUUGGCCGCCCCUAGCCUUCCGACUAUCGAGAGCAGUCCCUCGGACUAUGGAGACUCACCGGGAGGUCAAUUCCCAGAUCGCCAUUCUUCUACUACGCCAUACCCUAUGUCGGACCAACCUCCUAUGGUGGCACCUUCCCAGCGCUCUCAGUCCGUCGCUCCGUAUCCUUCGAACGACGGGCCACCUCGGAUAGAUGCCCAUAUACCAAGCAUGGCAGGUGGCUUCGCCGCUGAACUGCGGUCUGCCAGUGCACGUCCUCCAUCUCAAGCUUUCAACAUCAACCCGCAAGUGUACGCUCAAGGCCCGGGUCCGAAUGAUCCCUAUGGUCGCGGGAGACCACCACAAGGAGCCAACCUUGGCCCUCUUCCCAUACGCCCAGCUACGAGUGUCGACAGCAUGGGACGUGGGGGAGGAAGGGCUCCAAGUGGCGGUCUUCCCCCAGGGCCCGGUGCCUACAGGCAACCAGGUGGGCCGAGUGCACAACGCCCCGAAGCAUACGACCGACCAGGGUCGGCACGCCCUGCUGCUGAUAUUGGUUUCAAUGCACCCGGAGGGCCGAACAAGCUGCAGAAAGCACACAACGUCGGUCAGCCGGGUGGACCGCUCAAGAAGCAAAACACUUUGCCCGACAUAGGGUAUGUUGCUCCGCUUGAACCGCGACAGCACACGCGUCCGUCAACGACCGUGCCAGGCUUGGAGAGUAGAAAUUCUGGCCGUCCCGGAACCGCAGGUCCAGGUCCCAGGCCCGGUCAAGGACCAUCAUCUCGCCCUGGAUCUGCGGGACGUCCCUCGGCACACGAUGCACACCCGCAAGGACCGAAGCCAGGCAAACCAACCACCCCACAACCCCGACCUGGGCCAAAUUCAGUUCCAGCAGCGGCACCUGCCCAAGCAGCCAAGCCUGCGGCCCCCAAGCCACCUUCCUCUGCCUCUACAGGUCCUGGUAAGGGUCCGAAGACUUUUGACGAGAUGGGUAUCGGGCAAGCGCCCAAAGACAGUGAUUGUGUACGUUCUUCCCCGUCUUCCUACGCCCGAAAUGUGCUGAUAGCCCCUAGGUCGUGA